AUGGCAAAGGAUACGGAAAGUGAUGCUGUCAAAGCAGCGCUCCCACGCCGGAUACCACACUGGCGGAUCUUAACAGACCAGGGCGUGGUGACCCCUGAAAUCGUCGACUAUCCAUAUGUUGGUUCCGGCACAGAAGGAGACCCUUAUGUCGUCGAAUGGAUCCCCAACGACCCGCGCAAUCCUAUGGAGUUCAACACGACUCUGAAAUGGAUGUAUACCGUUACCGUCGCUUUUGCCACAUUCGCCGUAUCACUAUCAUCAUCCGCUUACGCUGGUAGUAUCAAUGAAGUGGUCACCGAUCUCGAUACGAGCGAGGAAGUGGCUACUUUGGGAGUCUCAAUGUUCGUGAUUGGAUUUGCUGUCGGGCCCUUGCUUUGGGCGCCACUCUGUGAACUCAUCGGUCGCCAACUCGUCUUUCUGAUAACAUUUCUUGCGCUUUCAGUCUUCUGUGCGGGUGCAGCAGGCUCGCAGAACAUCUGGACCUUGAUUAUUCUCCGCUUUUUCGCUGGUUCCUUCGGCUCAUCGCCUCUCACAAAUGCCGGCGGUGUCAUUGCUGAUAUCUUCACCGCUGAACAUCGAGGUCUAGCGACGAGCUUGUUCGCUGGUGCCCCGUUCCUAGGUCCAACAAUGGGUCCUGUGAUCGGAGGAUUCCUAGGUGAAAAUGCCGGCUGGCAAUGGGUCCAAGGAUUCCUGGCAGUAUUCACCGGUCUGAUCUGGAUGGUUGAGAGCCUCCUAAUCCCGGAAACAUAUGCCCCAGUACUCCUAGCCAAACGGGCGCAAAGACUAUCUGCCAUCACGGGCAAAGUCUACCGCAGCAAAGUCGAGAUUCAGCGCGGCCGAGUAUCACCACGAGACGCAUUCACCACAGCCCUCGGACGCCCAUGGAUCCUCCUAUUCUCAGAACCCAUCGUCCUCCUCCUAUCCCUCUACAUGGCCAUCGUCUACGGCACGCUAUACAUGCUCUUCGACGCAUUCCCAAUCAUCUUCCAAGAAAUCCGCGGCUGGAGCGAAGGAGUCGGAAGUCUCCCGUUCCUAGCGGUAAUGAUUGGAAUGAUGGCCGCGGUAGGCGUAAACAUGUACGACAACAAACGCUACGUGAAAAUCCACAAAGCACACAACGGCUUCGCACCACCCGAAGCACGCCUCCCACCCACAAUGUGGGGAGGUCUCGCCAUUCCCAUCGGGCUAUUCUGGUUCGCAUGGACGAAUUCCGCAUCAAUACCGUGGAUUGUAUGUGUGCUUGCAACCGCGCCGUUUGGAUUUGGAAUGGUGUUUGUCUUCUUGGGGAUCAUGAACUAUCUCAUUGAUGCGUACACCAUCUAUGCUGCUUCUGUGCUGGCCGCCAACUCGAUUAUUCGGUCGUGUUUUGGUGCUGGGUUCCCGCUGUUUACGACAUAUAUGUAUCACAAUCUUGGGAUUCACUGGGCGUCGUGCGUGCCUGCCUUUUUGGCGCUUGCUUGUUGUCCGUUCCCUUUUAUCUUUUAUCGUUAUGGUCCUGCUAUUCGUCGGAAGUGCAGGUAUGCGGCUGAGGCUGAUGAUUUCAUGCGUACUUUGGCGAGGAAGGCGAAUGUGAAAGGUCACAAUGAUGAGAAGAAAGAUGAGAUAGUGGCCGAGGCUGUUGUGGAUGGGACUCAGGCUCCAGAGGCGAUGACUGAUGCUGAUGCUGCGUCGCUCUCUUCUCAGUCGUCUUUGGAGCGGACUGGGACUUACGAGGCUAAUCCUUAUGAUAUUGACCGCGUGAACACUCGCAACUCUGCUAUCACUCAGCGGUCGCAGUCGGGCAACGGCUGGAAAUUGUUUUGGCGCAAAUGA